CUCCCAGGAGCCACAGGCCCCGCCUCCGACUGAAAGGGGCGGAGCCACAGGAGGAAGAAAGCCUUGGGAAGAGAGCAGGCCCGUCUAGGAAUUGCUUAUUUGGAGGUCGGGGUUUCUCCCUCUGCAAGCAUCCGCCAUGACGGAGCGGGAGGAGCGCCGCUUUGCGGAGAUUCCCCGGGAGUCGGUGCGCUUGAUGGCGGAGAGCGCCGGCGUGGAGCUGAGCGACGAAGUGGCCGCCCUCCUGGCCGAGGACGUCUGCUACCGCCUGCGCGAGGCCACCCAGAACAGCUCCCAGUUCAUGAAGCACACCAAGCGGCGCAAGCUGACGGCGGAGGACUUCAACCGCGCUCUGCGCUGGAGCAAUGUGGAGGCCGUCUGCGGCUAUGGCUCCCAGGACCCGCUCCCCUUCCGGACUCUCAAGGAAGGGGAGCUCUACUUCCAGGAGGACCGCGAGGUCAACUUGGUGGAGCUGGCCCUGGCCACCAACAUCCCCAAGGGGUGCGCCGAGACGGCCGUGAGAGUUCAUGUCUCCUACCUCGACGGGAAAGGUAACCUGGAGCCUCAGGGGUCUGUUCCGAGUGCGGUUUCCGCCUUGACGGACGACCUGUUGAAGUAUUACCAGCAUGUCACUCGGGCUGUCCUGGGAGAUGACCCGCAGCUGAUGAAGGUCGCCCUCCAGGACUUGCAGACCAACCCGAAGAUUGCGGCCCUCCUGCCUUACUUUGUCUAUGUUGUGAGUGGGGUGAAGUCUGUGAGCCACGACCUGGAGCAGCUGAGCCGCCUUCUGCACGUGGCCCGGAGCCUGAUCCAGAACCCCUACCUGUACCUGGGCUCCUACGUCAAGAGCCUCAUCGCCAGCGUCAUGUACUGCGUCCUGGAGCCCCUGGCCGCCUCCAUCAACCCCCUCAACGACCACUGGACCCUCCGGGACUACGCCGCCAUGCUCCUCGGACACAUCUUCCGGACCCACGGUGACCUGGUGGGUGGCCUCUUCCCGCAGAUCCUGCUCUCGCUGCAGAAGGUACUGGCCGACCCAGUCCGGCCGCUCUGCUCCCAUUACGGGGCCGUGGUGGGGCUUCACGCCUUGGGAUGGAAGGCUGUGGAACGGGUCCUCUAUCCGCAUUUGUCCACCUACUGGUCGAACCUCCAGGCUGUGCUGGACGACUACUCUGUCUCCAAUGCUCAGGUCAAGGCUGACGGGCACAAGGUCUACGGGGCCAUCCUGGUGGCGGUGGAGCGCCUGCUCAAGAUGAAGACCCAGUCCCUUCCGGCCCAGGCGGAGGGUGUCCGUGCCCCGGAGGGCUGCCCAUGGCUCAGCCCCCUCCAGGACCCCCAAGUCGAGCUCGGCUUCGGCAUCGCCAGCCACCUCCUCCAAUCCGGUGCCGGCACCAUCCCGGCCAACCCGCCGGACGUCCCGUUGGACGAAAUCUAUAAGGAGCUGUACUGCUUCUUUGGGGACAGCUUGGCCACCCGCUUUGGGACGGGCUCCGGGCCGUGCCCUCCGGACCGACCGACCAGCGGUGUCCCAAAGCCAUUGGACACUAAGAAAGAACUCCCGGCCUUCGAGAUGACGGCUGCGCGGAAGAUGCCCCAGCUGACCGCCAACAUCAGCCCCCGCGAGGAAGAGGAGGCGGUCUCGAGCGGGCGGUCAACGCUGCACCGAUCCGCCAGCUUGGCCCGCGUCCGAAGUGGGGGCGGCGGCGGAGUCAGCGCGGCCCGCCACCCAGGGGUGCGCGAGGUCUUCCAGAAGUGCCGCUUCAGCCCGAGUGCCGCCCCACCGCGGUUCAGCUUUGUCAUCGCCGGGCGGCAAGUAGAGCGGCGGUGCCAAGGACGGCUCUUCCAGACCCGCUUUGUCCAGCACCAUGGGCCCAGCCCUGUCUCCCGCUACGCCCAGAAGCUGCCGAUGAUCGGCCGCACCGCCAAGACCGCCGCCAAGAAGGGGGCCCACUCCGAGUACUCCCUCUACCUGCCCCUCUGAAGGAUGACUGGCGUGUACGGGCGGCUCCCUAACAUCACUCCCGCUACGCCCAGAAGCUGCCCAUGAUUGGCCACACCGCCAAGACCGCUGCCAAGAAGGGGGCCCACUCAGAGUACUCCCUCUACCUGCCCCUCUGAAGGAUGACUGGCGUGUACGGGCGGCUCCCUAACAUCACUUGACCCUUUCGGAGUCGGGAUCCUGUUGAUGCACAAUGCCCCGAUAUUUCUGGCCAUCUGUCGGGGGGGGGGGGGAUCACUGGGAAUUUUCUUGAGCCCCUAUUUGGGCGCCAAAAGUGUUGAGGCCCAGUGACCCAAUAUUUCUAGUCAGAAACAGGAGGUCUUAAAGGGAAACACUGAGAAUUUUCCCGAGUCCCUGUCUGAGCCCCUGUUCGGGCGCAAAACGUUGAGGCCCAGCACCCCAUAUCUCUAUUCUGGGGGUGUCCAAACUUUUUGCAAAGGUGGACAGAUUUGGGUAAGAGGAAAAUGUGUAGGGGCGGACCCAUUGAGCCUGACGUUAUUCUUCAAACCAUUUGCAUUUAAUGCAAAUGAACUGUUUUAUGAAAUUUUGUAAACGGCAUACUUUUCAAUUUUUUUCACACAGAAAACAAAUAAAUCAAAACCAUUUUUUUACAAAAAAA